AGGCCUGAGAGCAGCCAUGGGCUCUGGAGGAGUGAGCCUCUUGGGGGCUGGGCAGCCCCUACCCCUCCUGCUCCUGCUUUUCACUGGAGGCAUGGCUCAGGACUCCCCACCCCAGAUCCUAGUCCACCCCCAGGACCAGCUGCUCCAGGGCUCUGGCCCGGCCAGGAUGAGCUGCCGAGCCUCAGGCCAGCCGCCUCCCACCAUCCGCUGGUUGCGGAAUGGGCAGCCCCUGAGUAUGGUGCCCCCAGACCCACAUCACCUCCUACCUGAUGGAACCCUCCUGCUGCUGCGGCCUCCCACCCAGGGACACGCCCAUGAUGACCAGGCCCUACCCAGAGACCUGGGCAUCUACACCUGUGAGGCCAGCAACCACCUAGGCACAGUGGUCAGCCAAGGCGCUCGGCUAUCCAUGGCUGUCCUCCGGGAGGAUUUCCAGAUCCAGCCUCAGGACACAGUGGCCCUGGUGGGUGAGCAGGUGAUUCUGGAAUGUGGACCACCGUGGGGCCACCCAGAGCCCACAGUUUCAUGGUGGAAAGAUGGGAAACCCCUAGCCCUCCACCCAGGGCGGCACUCGGUGUCCAGGGGUUCCCUGCUAAUGGCAAGAGCCGAGAAGAGUGAUGCAGGGACUUAUAUGUGUGUGGCCACCAACAACGCAGGACAGCGGGAGAGCCGAGCAGCCAGGGUAUCUGUCCAGGAGCCUCUGGAGCUUCUGGCCGUGCGCAUACAGCUGGAAAACGUGACCCUGCUAAAGCCAGACCCUGCAAAGAUCCCCAAGCCUGGGCCUGCUGUGUGGCUUAGUUGGAAGGUGAGUGGCCCUGCUGCACCUGCUCAGUCUUACACAGCCUUGUUCAGGGCCCAGACCGGCCGAGGAGACGAGGGAGCUCCCUGGGCAGAGGCACUGCUUGCCGGCUGGCAGAGCGCAGAGCUUGGGGGCCUCCACUGGGGCCAAGACUAUGAGUUCAAAGUGAGACCAUCCUCCGGCCGGGCUCGGGGCCCUGACAGCAACGUGCUGCUCCUGAGGCUGCCAGAACAAGUGCCCAGUGCCCCACCCCAGGAGGUGACCCUAAAACCUGGCAAUGGCAGUGUCCUUGUGAGCUGGGUUCCACCACCUGUUGAAAACCAUAAUGGCAUCAUCCGUGGCUACCAGGUCUGGAGCCUGGGCAACACCUCCCUGCCCCCAGCCAACUGGACUGUCGUGGGACAGCAGACCCAGCUGGAAAUCGCCACCCACGUGCCAGGCUCCUACUGUGUGCAAGUGGCUGCAGUCACAGGCGCUGGGGCUGGAGAGCCCAGUAGCCCUGUGUGCCUCCUUUUAGGGCAGGCCGUGGAGCGAGCCAGCCGAGAACCCAGUGAACAUGGUCUCUGGACCCUGGAGCAGCUGAGGGCCUUGCUGAGGCGGCCAGAGAUCAUUGCCAGCAGCGGUGUUAUUCUCUGGCUGCUGCUGCUGGGCACUGCUGUGUGUAUCCACCGCCGGCGCCGAGCUGCAGUGCACCUGGGCCCGGGUCUGUACAGGUACACCAGUGAGGACGCUAUCCUAAAACACAGAAUGGAUCACAGCGACUCUCCCUGGCUGGCAGACACUUGGCGUUCCACCUCUGGCUCCCGGGACCUGAGCAGUAGCAGCAGCCUCAACAGUCGGCUGGGCAUGGACCCCCGGGACCCAGGAGACAGUCGUCGCUCCUUGAUCUCCUGGGACCCCCGAAGCCCUGGUGUGCCCCUGCUUCCAGACACCAGCACUUUUUAUGGCUCCCUCAUUGCUGAGCUGCCCUCCAGCUCCCCAGCCCCUCCGAGACCCCAGGCCCCAGCUGUCAGGCGCCUCCCACCCCAGCUGGCCCGGCUCUCCAGCCCCUGGCCCAGUUCAGACAGCCUCUGCAGUCACAGGGGACUCUCUUCUCCACACAUGUCUCUGGCUCCUGCACAGGCUUGGAAGGCCAAAAGGAAGCAGGAGCUGCACCAAGUCAACAGCUCCCCGCUGCUCCCAGCCAGCCGCCCCAUGGAGCUGCAGGCCUGGGAGUUGGGAAAUAGAGGCUCCAAGAACCUUUCCCAAAGCCCAGGCCACCAUUCCCCAGCAGCUGUGCCCCGAGCUCUGGUUGCCUGGCGGGCCCUGGGACUGCAGCUCCGUAGUUCUUCAAAUGAGCUGGUUACUCGCCCUCUCCCUCCAGCACCCCGCUCUCCUGGUGGAACCCCCACUCAGAGUCAACAGACCCAGCACCAAACUCCAUCCUCUGUCCCGCUGCCAGCAGCCCCCAUUCCCAUCCUUAGCCCCAGUGGCGCCUCCAGCCCCCAGGCCUCGUCCCUGUCUGGCCCCAGCCCAGCUUCCAGUCGCCUGUCCAGCUCUUCACUGUCCUCCCUGGGUGAGGAUCAGGACAGCGUGCUGACGCCUGAGGAGGUGGCCCUGUGCCUGGAACUCAGUGAGGGUGAGGAGACCCCCAGGAACAGUGUCUCUCCUGUGCCAAGGGCUCCUUCACCCCCCACCACCUACGGGUACAUCAGCGUACCAACAGCCUCAGAGCUAGCAGACAUGGGCAGGACAGGAGGAGGAGUGGGGUCCGGAGUGGGGGGCUUAUUCCCACCUCGGCCCUGCCCCACCCCCACCCCCAGCGAGGGCUCCUUGGCCAAUGGUUGGGGCUCGGCCUCAGAGGACAAUGCCCCCAGUGCCAGAGCCAGCCUUGUCAGCUCCUCCGAUGGCUCCUUCCUCGCUGAUGCCCACUUUGCCCAUGCCCUGGCUGUGGCUGUGGAUAGCUUCGGUUUUGGUCUGGAGCCCAGGGAGUCCGACUGUGUCUUCACGGAUGCCUCAUCACCUCCCUCUCCACGAGAUGACCUUUUCCGGACCCCUACCUUCUCCCUUCCUCUGUGGGAAUGGAGGCCAGAUUGGCUGGAGGACAUGGAGGUCAACCAUACCCAGCGGCUGAGAAGGGGGCUGCCUCCCUGGCCCCCUGACUCUCGGAUUUCUUCCCAGAAAAGUCAUUUCAGCUGUCCUGUGCCCAAGGCUGGUGCUUCCUCCAUAGAUUCCUCAUGAACUGGGCUCCUGAGACUGCCAAGAAGAGGAUCAAAACCAUCUCUGCUGUCUGCCCACAAGGCCUAGGCUGUGGCAUGUGGGUCUUGGCCUGUGCUUCUCUGCACUUGGUGGGUCACCUUCCCUGGCCUCCAGGACAGUUCUCCUUCCAAGAUUGUGAAAACAAAUGAAAGCAAAACAAACUAAGAAUGAAGCAGAUGUGGAGCCCUCAGGGAGCAAAGCAUCACCUCCACCUGACUCCCAAAUGUUGCCUUUCUCCUCUGUCCACCCACUCCCACAACCAGCUGGUUUUGGCCAAAGGAGCAGCCCUGUCUCCUGCUUUCCCCACCCACUUGCAUCACAAGAAGUGGGGGAGCCAUCUUCAUGGAGGAUGACGACAACAGUGACUGGUGAGAGAGGGCCGUGGAGGAAGGACCAUCUCAGAGCCUUCUCUCAGCCUUACCUGGGCCCCUUCUCUACAGACAAGCUCUGCCUCUCCCCAUCCACACCAUGUAAGGAAAAUAUGGAAGAAUGCCAUUGAGACCUGAGGCCCUACCUCAUGUCAAGGCAAAAGUUCAAGGCUGGGUCUAGGGAGAAAGGUGGAGGAAGGGAGGUAUGAGAAUGGGAGACAAAAGCCCCCUCCUCAUAUUGUUGUCAUUAUGAGCUUGAGAAAUCUGAUACCAUAAAACUGUAAAGACUUGA